AUGAAGCCCGUCCCACUUGUCGCACAUAAACGAUUGGAAGCAAAACGAGCGGUGAGGCGUAUGGCGAAAAAUGUCCGUACUUCGUUGCGAUUUUCAGGAAAUGGGGACAAUAGAAAAUUCUGGCAAAAUCUGGAGAAGUCGCAGACUGAUGAAGCUUCAAAAAUCUGUGCUAAGCAGCUCCUGCUUUUGCGGUUCGAGCUCAAGGAGGCCCUUCGUGCGGCAUGCUCAGAUGAAAAUUUUGUUGAGGAAAUGGUGUUAAAUACAGGACUGGCCAGAGAGUCUGUUGUCGCUAUACUCCAAAAGCAUGGAUAUCGUGAUGAAACUGAGAGGAACUCGCAAGAUAUCGAAAAUGAGGAAUAUAAGGCCAUCACGCCUAAAUCAACAAACAGUCGAUCCAAAGAAGACAACGUUGCAAUCGAUGUGCCAAAAAUCGACAUAUCAGAAGUUCGCAACGAUAGACAUUCUCCAGAGGACGUAAGCCCCGUAAGUGCUCACGUUGCAUUUGAAGAAAUUCCACAGAGUCCUAGAAUCCAGCAAAUUCGCAAAGCUUCACCUCGUCGAGGAGCAGCUGAACAAUAUGUGGAAAGUAGCCCACGCGAAGUGACUGAUAGUUCGGCUGAGAUAAGCGACUUGGCGAAGCGGUUUGGUGCUCGCCUUUAUGAAGAUGCCACGCUUGUUGAUCGGCUUCGAAAUGUUAAUCGGGAAAAAUCUUUUGUGGAACAAUUACGCGACAUUAUUUCAACUUCCGCCACUCUGUCAACUGUGCAGCUCAAAUUUAUUCCCUCCGUGCCCUUGGCUAAUCCAACUCAUGGUGCCACUAUUUGUAAGGAGAUUGACGUGCAGACCUCCAUUUGUGUCACUGAGUUGCCAGUUCCAACUAAGGAGCUGCGCGAUCAUGCUACUGAUGUCCCAUCACUUGAUUACCUUUCCACAUCUGAUUUGGGUGGCUUAAAACAACUUCCUGAAGCGUUUACCACUCAGGAAGAUGCGUCGUCUUCUGCCCUUAGUUCGGACCAAAGUGCAGGUCAAAUCGUCGGAAGCAUGCUCAAUAGAGCAAAUGCCAUAAUUCCGUUUGGCCAUGAUGGAAGCCUGCAAAUUACUCCAGCAAAAACAGUGCGAGUCUCAGAAGUGGUGGAAGAUUCUUUACUCAGUGGUGCGGAGAGAGAUGAUUUGCCAUUCCGGGAGCCUACUUUUAAAGUUCCUUCCAGACCGACGGGAGAAGUGAGUCCUCGAACCCCCAGGGUCUCGGAAUCACCGUCAUGCCGACCAUGGCGGCCGUCGUCACGUCGUCUCUACCUUGAAGAAGUGGAGAUCUCCAGUAGUCAGGACACCGAUUUGGGAAGUGGUAUCUCUGAACACUCCUGAGGCGCGUCGGCUGUUGGCAGAAGUCUCAAGUAUGGCCCGAAGAGAGGAUGUGAGCUGUUCGAGAGGCAGGAAGGAAUCAAGAAACGAUAUUGUCAAAGACGAACAUUCUACAAACAGUUCGGAUUUAAGUCACCAGGAUGA